AUGACUGAAGUGGCUGAAGCUCCUCGUGACGCCGACAUAUCGAACUACAGCGUCACUCUGACAGGCUUCGUCCCCUCGGCCAAAAGCCGCUAUGCACGGAUGAACUUCGAAGUGUUGGCGACCAUUCGUCCCUUCAUCGACUUUAGUACUCAUGCCACCUUCUUGUCCGUCUCUACGACCUCAUUCUCCCCGGAAUUCCGAUGGUUUAUCUUCUGCUUCAACUGGGGGCAGCCCAUCACCCCCGACGGAGGCAAUGCCGCCCAGCCCGACGAGCUCGAGACCGUCCACGGAGGCAUAAUCUUGUUUUCCAAUGAAUGCCAGUUCUGGAAUGGGCUAAUUGCCAGAGCUGCCCACUACAUACAGCGUUACCCGGAGAAGUUCCAGGGUGCAAAGGAAGCAUAUCUCGUCAGGCUGGUGACCACAACCAGCUGUGUCAGUACCUUAAUCAAAGAACGAGCACAAUUGGCCUCGAGUGGCCUCGGCGCUUCCCUGUUCUCGACACACCACGGCGGCGCUCCAGGCAUCUCGUGCAUCGAGUCUCGAUGGCCGCUCACCCUCUACCCCGAGCCACUCCGGAACGAGCGCGAGGACCGUUCACGACCCUGGUGCAAGGCGACUCAGGAUGCGGAUGCGGCCAGGCCUAGGAUUGGAAAAGAGAAGGAGCACCCGUACCACUGUGACGGGUCUGUACCGAGGCGGGUAAGGGUACAGGUCGAUGGGACUCCGGUCAACGGAGAGGAUUUCUGGCACACGUGCCAGUGGCCUUGCGCCAUCGGCGUGUACGUGCCCUCGACCGUCCCGCUGGGCCUAUUCUACGCAGCUCUCACGCUGUACAUCGCCUCGCUCGUCCUAGUCGCGAUCACCCCAUGUGGGCUGCCACUGCACUUCCCGCCGGAGCAGAUCUUCCCGGGGAAGGUCACCGCGAAGACUGGCGACCUGCGGAUCGUGCUCGCGGGCAUGCGCGCGACGACGAUCUUCCGGAACAUGCGCGGCGCGAUGAAGAAGCACCAUCUGCGUGCUCCGGAGUCGGCGGCCGCAGAGAACGGUGCCACCGACAGUGCGAAUGCGGAAAACGGGGAGUUGAAGAGCGACGAAGACGGCGUCUUGGGCAAGGGUCGGAUGUGGAUCGCGUCAAUGAAUUCGCAUGGCACUUGUUUACGUUGUUUGGUAUACACCCUGUCGCCCCUCUCCCUUUGUACAUGUCCCGGCUUCGGCAUAGCGGUAGCUAGGAAAACAACAGAUGGCACCAACAUCAGGCUCGCGUACGGUCGCAGGUCAGCAUUUAUGGCUGUCACUGACCCAGUGCUCGCCAUCUCCACGGCCCCUCCGAGCCAUCUAAACUCAGUCAACAUGAGUUUUGCGCAGGACGGCGUAUACCAGUCGGCGAUAACGCGGCAUAGGUAUACAGGCUGUCUGUACUGA